AUGUUCUUUGGAAAGACCCUUCGUCUGGCACAGGCGUUGCUCAUCGUAGCUCCUGCCUUUAUCCUCUUCGGUUACAACCAGGCCGGAGUUGGCCCUCUGGCCACGUUGCAGACAUGGGUUGAACAGUUCCCCUCCAUCGAUACCGUCAACACCGAGGGCGCCGAAAAGUCCACCAACUCCACUCGCAAGGGUGCCGUCAUCGCCGCCUUCCAGAUCGGUGCCCUGUUCGGCGCCCUGAGCUGCACCUACCUGGGUGAACGUCUGGGCCGCCGCAAGACCAUCUUCCUGGGUGGUAUCCUGGCCAUCAUCGGAUCGCUGCUGCAGACCGCCGCCUACGACAUCGCUCAGUUCGCCGUCGGUCGGGUCGUCCUGGGUUUCGGUAUCGGCCAGUUCAGUGCCGUCGUCCCUGUCUGGCAGUCCGAGUGCACCUCCGCUAAACACCGUGGCCAGCACGUCGUCGUCGACGGUAUCUGUAUCUGUCUCGGUUAUGUGCUCUGCAACUGGAUCGACUUUGGUCUCACCAAGGUCUCGGGUGACCUGCAAUGGCGGAUUCCUCUUGCCAUCUCCUUCUUCUUCAACGUGAUCAUCAUGGCCGCCGUCUUCCUGCUCCCUGAAUCCCCCCGUUGGCUGGUCCGCGUCGGCCGCAUCGAGGAGGCCACCCGGUCUCUGGCUGCCUAUAAGGGUGUGGCGGACGACGACGAGAGCGUGCGUCUGGAAAUCGCCGGUGUCGAGAACUCCCUCGAGACCUCGAGCCAGUCCGUCUCCCUCACCGAGAUGUUCGCCGGCAAGGACGACGAGCGCCUCCUGUACCGCUUCUGCCUGUGCAUCAUGCUCCAGUUCUUCCAGCAGAUGUGCGGUGGCAACCUGAUCUCCGUCUACGUGUCCACCAUCUUCGAGGACAACCUGGACAUGAGCACCGACCUGGCCAAGAUCCUCGCCGCGUGCGCCAUGACCUGGAAGUUCCUGUGCAGUUUCAUCGCCUUCUUCGCCAUCGACCGUCUCGGUCGUCGCGCCGUCUUUAUAUUCUCGGGCUGCGGUAUGUGCGUGUGCAUGAUCGUGCUGGCCAUCACCAACUCCUUCGGCAAGGGCAACCACCAGGCCUCGAUCGUCUCGGCCGUGUUCAUCUUCCUCUUCAACUCGUUCUACCCUGUCGGCUUCUUGGGCGCCAACUUCCUCUACUGCACUGAGGUCGCUCCCAUGCGUCUCCGUGUGGCCAUGUCCGCCAUCUCCACGGGUAACCACUGGCUGUGGAACUUUGUCGUCGUCAUGAUCACCCCGGUCGCGCUGGACACUAUCGGAUACCAGUACUACAUUGUGUACGCCGUCAUCUCAGCCUUCAUUCCUAUCAGCGUGUACCUCUUCUACCCGGAGACCAUGAACCGCAACCUGGAGGCUCUGAACCACGUGUUCCGCGACGCCCCGACCUGCUGGGACAUUGUGUCCAUGGCCAAGCAUCUGCCUCAGGGCGAAGCCGCCGAGGUGGAGGUGGCGAUGCGCACGGCGGAGAAGGGAUCCGUCGAGCAGAAGGAGCAUGCCUAG